AUGUGCUAAAUUUUAAGGCUUGACAUUAUUUAAAUGCGGUGGGUCAAUCGAAUUUCCGAUGAGAAUAUUUUAAAACUAGAAAUGUUUGAAAUUGCCAACAAAAACACCUGUAAUAAAAUUGGCCAUUUUCUAAUCAAAAUAUCUCAAUUACAUAAUGGUUAUCUUCUUUAGCUGCUUUUUUAAUGCAAAAUACUAUCUUAUCACAUUAAAAUUGCAGCUAGCUGGUUGAAAAACUUUGAUAUCCAUUAUGAUUUUAACCUCAAAAACUAAACUUGA